AUGAAUAUGUUGGAUGAUGAAGAUGACCAAAGCUUUCACGCUACACGUGACGGCUACUCCCAUUUGAGCGAUGUCGAAUGGGAUGCGGUUGAACGAAUGGGUUCGACCAUGGGCAUCCAUGCUGUUAGCGUCAUGCUAGAGGCUCUCAAUAGAGACGCCCAACAUGCUACUAUCGCCAAGUUCAUUCAAAAUGAACUUGACGCAGAACGCGAGAAAGUAGCCUUGCUUCACCAACAAGGUUCUCAACAAGCAGAGUUGUUGAGAGAACAGGGUGCUCAACAGUUUGAACUGUUGAGACAGGAGCAGGCUGCUGCUGGCGGGUCGAUGCACUCGCGUCGACCCGAGACUUUGAAGAUUGACAUCUCCAAGUAUAGGGGAGUCAAAGAGGACUCCCUCUUGAGAUGGUUCGUCGAAUAG